ACAAUGCAGCGCGGCGCGCUGUCCCCGGUGCUGAUGCUCAGCGCUGCCCCGGAGCCUCCACCGCGCCCGCCUCCCGCCCUUUCCCCGCCGGGCCCCGGCUCAGCGCCUCGCCAUGGCUCUGCUCGGUCGGGUCCUGCCCCAGAGCCGUCUGGGGGCCUGGCUGCGGCGCUCGACAGCAGCCUGCGGGCUGCCGUGGCGUUCAAGGCGGAGGGUCAGCGUUGCUACCGAGAGAAGAAGUUCCGAGAAGCCAUUGGCAAGUACCACCGGGCACUGCUGCAGCUGAAGGCGGCUCAAGGGGCCCGCCCUGGCGGUCUGCCCACCCCCUCCCCGGGACCCACCACCAGCCCGGGGCCCGCCCGCCUCAGCGAGGAGCAGCGGCGCCUGGUGGAGAACACAGAGGUUGAAUGUUACGACUCCCUCACUGCUUGCCUCCUGCAGUCGGAGCUGGUGAACUAUGAGCGGGUGCGUGAGUACUGUCUCAAGGUGCUGGAGAAACAGCAGGGCAACUUCAAGGCCACCUAUCGUGCCGGCAUUGCCUUCUACCACUUGGGUGAUUAUGCACGUGCGCUGCGCUACCUACAGGAGGCCCGCAGCCGAGAGCCCACAGACACCAAUGUUCUCCGCUACAUCCAGCUGACUCAGCUGAAGAUGAACCGUUGCAGCCUCCAGAGGGAAGACAGUGAUGGUGGCACUGGAGGCCCAGCUCGGAAUGUCGUGGGCUGAGGCCAAGGGGCAGCCUCUACCUUAGUCCCUCCAACCCUACUGGGCACCUUCCCCUGACCUGCCCAGCUCGGAAUGUCUGUCGUGGGCUGAGGCCAAGGGGCAGCCUCUACCUUAGUCCCACCAACCUCACCGGGCACCUUCCCCCGACUCAUGCGUUUACUGGUAAAGCCGCUGCCACUGG